AUGGCCCGGUUCUCGCUGUGCUUGGCGGUGGCGGCGGCGGCGGCGUGCUGCUGCCUUGCGUUGCUCCUGCCGCCGGUGCAGGGGCGCCGUCCUGGCACCGGCACCGGCACCGGCAGGGAUCAUCGUCUCCUGUUUCCCGAACCACGCUUGGAUGCCGAAAAGCCGACGGAGCAGCAGCGCGGCGAGCCGGUGAAGAAGGCAGCGACGCCGCCGUCGGCGGGGGGCGUCGUCACGGCGGAGCUGCGGUGGGUACCUGGAGGCGCGAACCCGUUGCACAACCACGGCAGUAGCACCAGGCAGGACAAGGAACGCACUCCACCGGCAGCGGCGGCGGCGGCGGCCGCCGGCGGGAGCGUCUCCAGGCCGGAGCUGCGAACCACACCUUGGAGCGCGAACCCGUUGCACAACUAG